AUAAUUUGAUUUCUCUAAGUUUGUAACAUUAUUUGCUCAAUUUUCAUCAGAAAAUCAUGGAUAACUCCCAGAACGCAAGCUACAAAGCUGGCCAAGCCAAGGGCCAAGUCCAGGAAAAGGGUAAUCAGAUGAUGGACAGGGCCGCCAAUGCUGCACAAUCUGCUAAGGAAUCAUUACAGGAGGCGGGGCAACAAGUGCAGGCCAAGGCACAAGGGGCGGCAGAUGCAGUUAAGAAUGCCACUGGCUUGAACAAAUGA